ACAAUCGGGCGCACACGCCGCGAACUAAACCACAUGGGAUAUAAUCAUUGCUCAUCCUGAAUUAUCAAGUGCUUCAUACAAUAUCAUAAUGAGGGUUUUAAUUCUGUUAGGAGUCGUGGCAGUAGCGUUAUCAGCACCGCAGGGGCCUGCAGACAAAGUCAUAGCAAUCGUCUCACAAGAGUUCGACCAACAACCAGAUGGAUCUUAUCGUUACAGCUACGAGACUGAAAAUGGCAUCAAAGCAGAAGAGGCUGGUACACUGAAGAAGGCCAGCGGUCCCGACGCUGGUGACGUCAUCGUAGCUCAGGGAGGUUUCAGCUACACCGCUCCUGAUGGCACCGUUAUCAAUCUGAACUACAUUGCUGAUGAUGACAAUGGCUUCAAACCGGAGGGUGCUCAUUUGCCGACUCCGCCACCAAUACCGCCUGCAAUCCAGAAGGCGCUCGACUAUCUUGCCACACUCCCCCCACCACCACCAUCCAGGGCUUAGAUCUAUACCCAGACCACGGGCUGAUGCCUAAACGACCUGACCAUCCUACGUACCUGUAACCCCACGAAUACUCGUAUAGUCUUGCAAAUAGAAUUUAAAGCUUUUGAAAAAAUAAUGUAGAAUUUAUGCAACAUUUUUACAUGUUUUAUAGUAAAAAGGAUCUCGUUAUGCGUUCUAUGCAUUACCAGUCUUUUUUAGAUAAGCAAAUGUUAUUUUUUACAAUAAAUAAAUCUAAAAUUUACAAAGCAUAUUUAAAUUCUGUUUACGAAACUGUACUAACAUUAAAACAAUAUAAUAUAGUAAGCAAUAAAAAACAUAUAAAAAAGAAUGUACAAUGACUGAACUGUGAUAGAAAAUGAUUGAGUUUUGAGUAAAAUGUUUGUAUAUUUAUUUAAAUAAAAGCAAAAUCAGUGCCAAAGAUGCAUUG